AUGCCCAUGGGGACCACCCAUUUCCCCAAGCUGGGGUCGAGACGGAGCAUGACCCGGGCUCCAGUCGGUCUUGAUACUGCAAUUGCUACCCGAGUCUACGAACUAUUGGAUUCCAGACAUUCCAAAAGAGAAUGUGCAACCGCGGACCCAGACAUUCGGGGUCGCUGUCAGGGUCAAUCUCAACCUUUGAGGCCUCUGAGAGGUCAGAGGCGGGGCUACAUUCACGAUUCACCACACCAAAACCCCAGUCUCCCCAACAAGAUGCAAGCCCACGCCAUCAUGGAUUACAUGCAAAGUGCGAGCAUUUUGUUGGUCUGGAUUCUUUUGGACUGGUGGUGGUUCAGCUUUGCUGCACUGGAGAUUCGGAAGCGAUUCCAGUUCCCAGCGGCGUGGGCAGGUCCCUUCCCGCUAGCCAAGUUGGCGGCGUUAGGCCCCCGUAAUUUGGGCCCAUGUCUCUGA